AAACGUCACGCGAACGAUGUAAACACGGAACAAAAUCUAAAGUGCUCAGAUCUUUGUCCAGGAAGUCAAUUCGGAAACGCAAAAUCUCCGUUUUAAAAAAAAUCCACUAAAUUAGUUUAAAAAAAGCAAAAUGCGCAAAACAUGGGUCAAGCGGGACAACAUCUACUACAAGCCGUUCUACAAGCAGAAGCUCAAGAUGACCCUGCUCGGGGUGCUGCUGAUGGCGUUCGUCUUCUUCGGCUACCAGUUCUUCUACAUCAGUCAGUUGCAAACGACGGAAUCUUCGCUUCACACUAACCCGCAAACUAACCGGCACGGUUCGGUAGUGGCCGCCAGUAGUAACGUUCCUCCUCCAUCACAUUCGGCAGGGAAUAACGGCGUGAAGCAGCCAAGCAACAACAACGCCGUGCAGGACGAGGGAGGGGGAGGAGGAGGAGGGGACAACAACAGGACCGCCGACUUCCGGGGACCGUCGGAGGACGCGCGGUACGUGUACGUCGAGAAGGUCGGCAGCUACGAGAAGCGGAUUCUGCGGGGCAUCCGGUUGCGCGACCUGGACGCGUACCAACCUGGAUCGUCGGCGGCGUUCCGCUGUCUGUCGUCGACGCGCCACGUCAGCUGGGCGCGGGUCAACGACGACUACUGCGACUGCCCGGAGGACGGGAGCGACGAGCCGGGGACGGGGGCGUGCGACCGGGGCAGGUUCUACUGCCGGUUCCAGAAGCGGCAUGCCACCGGCAGGGGCGGUUACACGUCCGUGCCGAGCGGGUGGGCCAACGACGGGGUGUGCGAUUGCUGUGAUGGGUCGGACGAGUGGCUGAGUGGGGCGGAUUGUCGGAACACGUGCAAGGAGCGGUUCCCGUACUGAUGGGAAGGGUCUUUCUACUCGCGAAAAUAAAUUAUUCUAGU